GGAGAGACGGGUGUACACCCUGUACCCAUGCAUCCAGGCACGCCUUCGUGAGUCAACCCCGACAGGGAGCUCUCCAGGGGGACACGGCCCGCGCGAAUUGACCGGGACGCCCCUCGCCGGUGCUCGAUGGAGCGGGGCUGCGGCGCGGAAAGUGACGAGCUUGCCCCUGACAUUGCUUCUCGGAAACAGAGUGUCUGUCUCGCCCUGCAUGGGGGAAUCAAACCCCGACCACCAACAUGACUCCCUGUUCCUUUGCUGUCAUCCAUGGCGAUGACGCUGUUUCUUUAUAUUAUAUUAUCCUCUCCGCUGCACGCACGCCCCGAUAUAAAUUCGUCUGCACGCAUUGCCUUUGAUACAUCGGCAUCGAAGAAAAAGAACCCACAAUCGCGUCGCUCUUCCUGCCCCGAAAGAAAGAGAAAAGCUUCCGACCUUUUGGCCCGUACAUCCAUCCAGUCAUGGCCGGCGGCGUCGCGAAGAGGGUGGAGUUCGAGGACAUGUUGCCGGCGAUGGCGGAGAAGCUGGGCGGGGAGGGGCUGAUCCGGGAGCUGUGCAAUGGGUUCGAGCUCCUGAUGGACAGGGACCGGGGGGUGAUCACGCUCGAGAGCCUGAGGAGGAACAGCGCGGUUCUGGGACUCCAGGACCUGGCGGACGACGAGCUCGCCAGCAUGCUCCGGGAGGGCGACGUGGACGGCGACGGCGUGCUGAGCCAGAUGGAGUUCUGCGUCCUCAUGUUCCGGCUGAGCCCGGAGCUGAUGGAGCAGUCGAGGGCGUGGUUCGAAGAGAUCGUGGAGGAGGAGUUCAGGCGAGGGAGGAAGCAGUCGUCGUCGUGAAGGGUACGGUUUUCCGGGGCAAAAGAAGAUCGGAGAAGGAAAGGGGAAGAGAGAAGAUGAGAGAAGAAUUCAUAGACAUGGAGAGAGCGAGCCAUCUGAAUCCGAUUCCUCUCUCUAGUCUUUCCCUCUGUACUUAUGUGCUCUUUUUUUCGAAUUUUUUUCAUUGAUUUAUGUUGAAUUUGGGACAAAUCAAGAACAACAUCAAGCAAUAAAACGAUGGAUUUACGG